ACUCAACCUCCCACCAUGAUCAGAUCAAUCACUGGUGAAAUGGUCGCUAUCAUCUUCAAGUAUGGCGGCAUAUCUGCAGCAAUCUUGGUUGGCCUGUAUGCCGGCCUGCUGGGACUACUCUCAACCUCCGCCUUCCAAACCCACGUUGUUUACCUCCACAAAAUCCAGAUGACCUGGUUCAAGGAUCUAGACGUCCCCGAAUCUUUUGGAUUCAUGCGCAAUCAAGUUACCACCUUCUUCCUCGAAUCCUCCGACGGCGAAAAGCUACAUGCAUGGCACAUUCUUCCGGUCGAACUGUAUCGCAAACAUGAAGUUGCCCUCCUCGGAGAGCCUGCUGGUGUGGUUUCGGAUAUCACUUCUAGACACGCGUUCAAGCUGCUGCGUAAUGAUCCUGAUGCUCGACUCAUUCUACAUUUCCAUGGGGCUGCCGGCACCGUUGGUUCAGGCUACAGAGUCCCCAAUUAUCACGCGUUAUCCGCAGGACAGCCAGGCAAGAUACAUGUGUUGACAUUUGACUAUCGAGGUUUUGGGAGGAGCACUGGCACACCCUCGGAAGAUGGGAUUCUGCUCGAUGCUCAUGCAGUUAUCGACUGGGCAUUGAAUGUUGCUGGUAUUCCACCCAACAGGAUUCUCGUCUUUGCCCAAUCUAUGGGUACAGCUGUAAGCGCCGCUAUUUCCAACUAUUUUGCACUGAAGUCUCCGCCAGCGGUUUUCGCAGGCACAGUUCUAGUUGCGCCAUUUAUAGAUGCGGCGACACUGGCGUCAUCGUAUCGUUUGGUAGGUACCAUUCCCCUAUUAUCGCCUCUCGCGAAGUUCCCGGUAUUAUUCAACUACCUCCAACGCUUCAUGCGAGAUAAAUGGUCAACCAAAGACCGCAUCGCACAAUACAUACGAACCAAUGAAGCCAACGGGGAAAUGUACCGCAUGACUCUGAUUCAUGCUGAGGACGAUUAUGACGUUCCUUGGGACCAUACCACAACUCUCUUCUGGCACGCUGUCAAUACCACUACACUUGUAGGAAUAAGUUAUGACGAGCUUGAAGAGAAGAAAACCGAAAGAAAGAAGGAUCUUGGGGCCGCUGGAUCGGUCAUGGAGUGGCACACGGAACAUGGGAUAAUUCGAGAGGAGAUAUUGAAAAGUGGUUUGCAUGAUGUUAUCAUGGGAAAUCCAGUAAUCACCAUGGCCGUCAUGCGUAUUUUUCAAGCGUUGGACCCGUCAUUCACGUGCUAAGUAGAGUGAAAGCUGGAAGAAUAGGAGGCAAUUGAUGGAGUCAUCUAUGACCUGGUUUUCCUGCAAUUUCAAUAUACCAUGUGCCGUUGCUAUUUGUUGACAUACCCAUCUUGUUUUGCUGGUAUUGGACUGCUUUUCACAAACUCUAUAACGAUGACCCACAUGGGGAAGACAGUCGCUCUCCUGCUUCAUUCUUAGAUACAUGAUGUGAACGCUAAAGAGUCGUUGGAUAUACCGCAAUGGCAUCUUUCUCUUCGAACCGUUCUUCAAAGGAGAUGUAUUCAAUAAGUUGACGCAACAUACGUCUCAUAGAUCGC